ACUUAGAAAUGGACAUUGCAAGACAGCGAUGCAGAAGACGUAUCUGUUUCACGUAUAUUGUGACAUUUGUGCUAUUAUUUUUAUUUUUCUCUUUUCUUAUGUUUAGCAAUAAGAACAGCGUUACUUCACUCUCGAGGCUAAAAGAAGAUGUUGCCUGCUUAUCGAAAGUUCUAAUGAAUCAACAAAAGGAAUACACCAAGACCGGUGGCUCGUCUAAAAGAGAUUUCGAUUGCAUCACAAGUGAUAACGGAAGAUCCUUAGGAGAUUCUUCAUUUAUAGGUUGCGAUUGGCCAAAAAUGCAGGCUUAUGUGGACUCGAUUGUAAAAUCCAAGCUUAAGACCCUUCUGGAUGAUAUUUAUAGUCUAAAACAACAAAUUAUGGGCUCUGGGUGUAGUUCUCAGUCAAGUUCAUAUAGUAAUCAAGUGGCCAUAAAAAAUACUCGAGUCAACUACGCUGCGGACGAACUGGGGGCAAGAAUUAUUCAUGUAUUGGCGAAACCCAUAGGAGGCUCCAACAUUUUAAAGACUGUUUUGGGCCUAGAUUUUAAUGCGAAUCCUCCGAUAAAUUUAUUACGUUCGGUCGUAACGCCGGGAUCGUGUUUCGGUUUUCAAGGUUCUAGCGCGACGGUUUCUAUUCGAUUGGCCAAAACUAUAAUUGUAGAAGAAAUAGCUCUAACCCAUGUACCCAAGGAGAUGACACCCAUGGUAAGCGUCGAUAAUGCACCGAAGGACUUUGAAGUUUACGGAUUGCAAUCCAACGGUAAAAAGGAACUAUUGGGUCAGUGGACAUAUGAAAACGCGCCCAAGAAACGUACACAAACUUAUAAAGUUAAUAACAAUAAUGCCAUACAAAAUUUGGUUAUUAUAUUCAGUUCAAAUCAUGGCGCCAAUUCAACUUGCAUCUAUGGCGUGGAAGUGUUUGGGAAACUUAUUUAAAGAAGGCCUCAAUAUAAAUAUUCACUUCACUUUUUGUUUACAUUGUUUUUUUUUAUACGCAUA